AUGUCGUGCGUACGUCUGCUCACCCUCCUCGCCCUCGUCGGCACCGCGCGCGCCUCGGCGGUGGAUAACCAAGCCUGCGCGACGUCGUCGACGCCGAGCGGGACAGAUUUCUUUCCCGCCGCCGCGCGCUUGUCCCCGGGGAAUCUCACCUCGGGAAGCGCGAGCGCGUUCGUGGACGGUGGCGAAGGGUUCAAUGUCACCUACGCCGAGACGUUCAAGGUGGUGCGCACGAAGGCGCUGCCGGGCGUCGAGGCGUUGACGUACGUGCUGUACCAGUGCGGGACGACGCAGCCGACGCAGGACGUCGACGGGUCGGCGUUCCCCGCGGGUGCGCGAUUCUUCUCGGUGCCGGUGAAACGCGUGGCCACGGGAAUGAGCGUCGCGGUCGGAUACCUCGAACAGCUCGGAUUGCGAGAUAAGUUGAAGUUGAUCGAUCCGGCGUACGUGCACGCGCCGUGCGUGCAAAAGGCGGAGGAGGACGGAACGCUCGCGGCGAGUCACGUGAUUUAUUUGGGUGCGUCGAAGUACAAUUACACGCUGUGGCACAACAGUAUUUCGACCAAUAAUGUGGAGAUGGUCAUCACGGAUGAGUGGGACACCGGGUAUUCGAACUCGGACAAGGAUGUGGUGUUCACGCCGUCGCACACGAAUCUCGGCAUGCUCGAGCGACUUUCGUUCAUCAAAUUUAUCUCUUUGUUUUUCAACAAGGAGACCCAAGCGAGCGGUUACUACGCCGACCAGUACGAACGUUGGAAUUACAUGGCGGGGCAAGUCGCCGCGGCGCAAGCUCGAGGUGGCAUUCCAACCGGUUACAAGUGCGCCUGGGUUACUGCUGCGUACGAAAUCACUUGGGACGACUACAAGCGAGACAUUUGUACCGCCGCGGGCUUGAGCAUUCACAUUCCGAGCGCGGCGACGUCGAGCGCGGGCUAUUACAAGUAUCCAAGCAAAGCGGCGUUUCUCACCGAUAUGGCAAAUGUUGCCGUCGUCAUCGAUGAAUCGUGGUUCACUACGCCGAGCACGGAUGCGACGAAGACCGCCGUCAUCACGAAUCUUGCCUUCAACGAAGCGCCGGGUCUUCCCAGUCUUUCACCGUCGACUGGUAUGAUCUUGCGAUUGGACAAGCACGUCAGCGAUGGUGAUCCCUUGUACUCACACUCAACCUUUUGGCCGACCGAGUCGUUGACGUGGUUCGAGGACUCUUACGUGCAUCCGGCUGUGGUCGUGCAAGAUCUCGUGCGUCUGUCGUGGCUGAAUGGCGUCGCGGGCGUCACGACUCUUCAAGAAGGAUGCCCUCGAUUCUUCCGAGACAUCAACAGCAACGACGUCGUCGUGAAAACGACGGCGAAUGAGUGUACGCUGUGGGACAACGCCCGAGUCAACGGUCUGUGCCUCGCGCAGCUUUCCGCGCAACGUGUCGCCGUCGCCGCGCUUCUCGGCGCGUCUCCCGCGGCGCGCAUCGGCGCGAAUCUUGUGACGGUGACCUUCGUCGCCAUCGCCACCAUGAUUCUCGUGUAA